AUGGCUCAGAACAAUGCAGGCAAUAGCACCCCAGCAGGUACUGGGGGUGACCCUGCUCAAACCGGCUUACCCGGUGCCUGGAAUAUUAUUCUUCAGGAGGCUAAAUCCAAGGGUACCUAUCUUGCAAUGGCGCAAGGCUUUGACUUUGGAUCAGAUCACAUGCACGCCGCAACGAGCUUCUUCAAGGAGUUGAAUGAAGACAUCCGGAAGUACAAUCUGCAGAAUGGAGCAGACCAAGAAAGGGGUGUAAUCCCUGACAGUGCAUAUGAGGCAAUGUACAACAAAUGGAUCACGGCAUUCAAAACAUCUCAGUCUAACAAUGAUGCGGAAGCCGCAUGGAGAGCAUACGAUGAUGGAUGCAAAGAGUUCUUAUCAUUCAAUAAGCAUCAUAAUUUACCUGACGAUUGGAUUCUUAGCUCCAAGCCCGUCGAACAGGCCUUUGGCGCCCGGCCUACUGAUAAUGCAGGCAAUAGCACCCCAGCUGGUACUGGGGGUGACCCUGCUCAAAACGGCUUACCCGGUGCCUGGAAUAUUAUUCUUCAGGAGGCUAAAUCCAAGGGUACCUAUCUUGCAAUGGCGCAAGGCUUUGACAUUGGAUCAGAUCACAUGCACGCCGCAACGAGCUUCUUCAAGGAUUUGAACGAAGACAUCCGGAAGUAUAAUCUGCAGAAUGGAGCAGACCAAGAAAGGGGUGUAAUCCCUGACAGUGCAUAUGAGGCAAUGUACAACAAAUGGAUCACGGCAUUCAAAACAUCUCAGUCUAACAAUGAUGCGGAAGCCGCAUGGAGAGCAUACGAUGAUGGAUGCAAAGAGUUCUUAUCAUUCAAUAAGCAUCAUAAUUUACCUGACGAUUGGAUUCUUAGCUCCAAGCCCGUCGAACAGGCAUUUGGCGCCCGGCCUACUGGCAGUGGCGGCGGCAAUUUACCUGACGAUUCGCUUUUUAGCUCCAAGCCCGUCGAACAGGCUCCUCCUACUGGCAGUGGUGGCGGUACUUUGCCGGGCAUAACAAAAGGGAGCCCUGUAUGGCAUUUGAUUAUCUCCCACAUGAAGCAAAUGCCAUAUUGCCGUGAGAUGAUAUCAGCCCUGAGUAGAAUCGACUCCGACAUGAAUGUUGCGACAAAAUUUUUUUCCCAGUUUAACCAGCAAAUCCGCGCAUACAACAAGGCGGAGGAUGGCCAUUUCCACAAUGGGGGUACAAUCCCAGAAGACACGUACAAGACGCUUUAUGGCGAGUGGAUGGCCGCUUUUCACAAGGCAAAGUCAGAGAAUGACUUGGAAGCGGCGAGGCAUGCAUUCAAUGAAGUGACCAGCAACUUCCAGGCUUUCAAUGAAUACCACGGAUUACCCGGUUGGACCAUUGGGAGUGGGCCUAUUGACGAAGGUUUCGAACCUGGUGUGGUACCCAAACUAGAAAGAAAUGGUGAUGAGACUCUUCCAGAUGUCCCACAGUAUGCAGAGAGCGAAGCUGACUACUCCGAUAUAACCGACCUUAACGACCUAGAGGAGGAAGCAAGAAAUGCUGCAGAUUUUUCUGGAGGAGAGGUGCUCUACUGGUGGAAAAGAGGCGUUGGUUCCCAAGCCUUUGUGCGUUACGGCAAAGGGCGCUCUGCCACAUACCGCGUCCGGGCUGGCGCCAAUGUGGACUACGACCCAAGCAGUGUUCCCCAGGUCCUUGCCUCAGGUGCACUAUCCACCGAGCCGGGUUCAACAAGUUCACGUGGCCGUCACAAAGUCAGAUUCGCCACCGAGCUUGGUACACUCGAUGAAAAAUGGACGUAUAGCAGAGACGAUGUUCGCGCAAUUGGGGGCAUUGGUUGGAAAGUUGACGAGGAUGAUGAAGAAGGAAUUGAACCACUGGACCUGCUCUGGCCAGAGGCGUACACUAUUUAUCCCCAUACUCGGGCUCUAAUUAUAUGGAAAGAUGGAGUGGUUACGCUGGAAGACCGGUCGUUCCUUCGCCGUAUCAUCAAGGGGUCUAGCCUUCAAAAAGCCCGGGUUAUCUACGAGCAGGCGCGGAAGCAAGAAAUACGUUACCGGAAGUCAGAGGGGCUACCGUACCAGCAUCUAUUCGAGGAAAAUCAGAGAGCAGCGGAUAUGACGGCGGAAGAAACGGAAGAGGAAGAGGGGGAAGAAGAAGGGGAAGGGGAAGAUAAUGUGCAGUUCACGAAUGUCAGCGCCCAACCUGACCGUGGCGAAUCCUCACAUCCUGCCAGUGCUCGUCCCCCCAGUGCUCGUCCCCCUAGUGCUCGUCCCCCUAGUGCUCGUCCCUCCAGUGUGCAGCCAGGCUCGCAUCCCGGCCGUUCAGGGACAAGCCAGGUUCGGAUUGUUGAACCAACGCGCCAGCCUUCCGCACGGCCAACAUCAAACCGUGGAACUCCUAGGUCCACACCAAAGAGUGUCUCAAGGGGAUCAGCUUCUCAAGAGGAGGAGAUUCGUUGGCUGCGGGAACAGCUGAGUAUGUAUGAAAGUGAAAGGAGGACCAACUACCAGACUGCCUAUAAACAAGGAACGGGCCGGAGGUACAACCCAGUCUAUGAUGACAGAUGGUCUGAAGACUCUGAGUUCACACCACCGCCGCGACAGCGUCGUCGACGAGUUCAGACAGGUCACGUUUGGGACAACUGGAGCGGAAGAUGGAUUUCUACUAGGAGAGUGAACUGA